AUGGCUCACCCGCACCCCAUUUCGCUUAAAAGGCGCCGAGUAGCGCCAGCAGCGAAAGAGGAAGAAGAAGAUGAUGAUGAAGGGUUCUUAUCUCUGAGGAUCUCCAAGAAGCAAAGCCGGAAAGACGACUCUUCCGAUGACGACCAAGGGCCCUCGUAUCGAUCCAUAGAAGGCAAAGCCAAGCCCAAAACUGACGACACUGAUAUGGACUCGGACUCGGACUCGGAUGCCUCUGAAGACGCUGACUAUGUAGAAUCGAACAAUCCUCUUCAGUGGAAGUCAAUCCAACUCACGCGCCGCGUCAAGGAGAACCCGGAGGAUACAAACUCGUGGCUGGAACUGGUUGAGCACCAGAACGAACUGCUGCGCGCCAGCACCGCAGAAGGCACGGCUCCGGACAACGAAUCCCACAGUUACAGCGAGAUCAAGGUCUCCAUGCUGGAAAAGGCCUUGCAGAAUGCGCGAGACCCCGCGGACCGAGAGCGCAUCCUCGUGCCGCUGAUGCGUGAGGGUGCCAAGGUCUGGAGCAGCAAGGUUGCGGCCAAGAAAUGGGCCGAGGUCGGCAGCCAAGCAGACUCGCACGGCCUAUGGCGCGUGCGACUGGAGUUUGCCAUGACGAGCAUUGCUGACUUUGACUAUACCAUCGUCAAGACGAUGUUCGUCGAACGUCUGCGCCAUGUACUGUCCAACAACCCUGAGAGCACCGAAGCCUAUCUGCAAGUGAUUGAGGUUUUUCUGCUAGCGACCAGAUUUGUGCACGAUUCCGGAUACAAAGAGCUGGCGGUUGCGGCGUGGCAGGCCCUUCUGGAGCUCACCUUCUUCCGACCAGAUGUCCAUGGCGCGGCUGUGUCUGUGCCGGACUCGUUCCAGGAGUUUUGGGAAAGCGAGGUAGCGCGCAUUGGCGAUCUGGGCGCGUCUGGGUGGAAGCACUACGUCGAGACUGGCGGAGAAGACGAGCCGCCCGAGCCGCUACCAGCACAGUCCAUUGCCGCGACGGCCGCGGCCCGGUCGAAGAACCCGUUCACGGCCUGGUCGCAGCUCGAGAUCGAACAUUCCAACGAGGCCAAGCUACCGGCGAGGACCAUGGACGAUGGCACGGAAGAAGACCCCUUUCGAGUCGUCACGUAUACCGACGUUGAACCGUUCCUCUUCAUGAUCCCGCUGGCCCUGGUCUCGAGCAUCGGUACUUCGCUCUUCGAUGCGUUUCUCAUCUUCUGCGGCUUACCACCUGCUUCAUCGAACGACUGGGCUAGAACGCUCUAUAAAGACCAGCUACUUGCUCCCGUCUGGGGCGACGUACCAAGCGUUGCCAUCGGCGCCGGGACAACGUCAGCGUUGCAAGACGAUGAGUCCAUCGUGCGCAGCCCGCCGCUCUUCAGUCGGCCCUACAGCGCCUUUUCGAUAUCGUCACGUUUGCUAUUCCCUGGGAAGGAGUGGUUCUCGUAUCUCCCGUCGCCAUUGUCCGGCACUUUGAUUGAUAGUAGCUGGCUAGAGGCCACGCUCGGGCAGUUGAUCUUCUCCGCGGGAUGCGAUGAGCUAUCAGAGUAUUACCUGGCCGUUUCCUCCGCACGGGAUCCGUCCUCUGUGAAGAAGACGGCCAAGAAACUGCUGAGGCGAGGCCCGGAGAAUGCCGCUCUGUACAACGCGUAUGCACUCGCGGAGCAUUCCCGUGGAAACAGUGAUGUGGCAGCCAACGUCAUCGAAUCGGCACUUGCAUCCACCUUGAUUUCAAAGCAAAGCAGCCGCCUUCGGCUCCGUCACACGGCGGCCUGGAUGGCACUAGAAAACGGACAUCUUGCCUCGUCCAAAAAGGCCCUUUGCGCCGGGGACGGUUCGGAGGCGGAGGCGGAGGUGUCCUUUGCCGACGUGCUCAAAGCGAGCUCAGCGUUUUCAGGCGGCAUGUCGGAAUCCUUGUCUGUCGGUGACGUCGAGUCUGCAGAAACGGCGGCAGAGUGCCUUGUUUUACACAGCUACUUGACUAGCAGCGAGGCAUCGGAGCCCAUGUCACUCUCGCAGGGCAGCAUAUCGGCGGCCAUGCAGACGCUAGACACUGCAAGCCAAGAACUGGUGGUGCGCGGACACGGCGGCAGUCCCGCGUGCGAGCGGCUCGUCCAAUUCGGCGCGCAUCUUUUGUAUCUCCACGCCGCAAGAGGACCGCAUCGGCGAGCUUAUAUUCGGGGACAGAUGCGCAAGCACCUGCGCAGCUUCCCCGGCAACGCCAUCCUGCUGUCCGUGCUCGAGUGGUCCGACUCUGGGCUGCGUGUCGUGGACGAGACCCGGCAGCUCCUCCGCGACCACGCAGCCGAAGGCGGCGGCGUGGGCGGCCAGCUCCUGGCCGUCCAGCACGAGCUCCUCCGCCGGGGCGGCGGCGCGCACGCGGCGCGGGAGGCAUUUGAGCAGGCGGUGCGCAGCGACGAUGCCGGCCGGGCGAGCGCGGCGCUCUGGACGUGGUACGUGCGGUUCGCGCACGCGCACGGCGGCGCCGCGGUGGCGGUGCUGUACCGCGCGCUGCGGCACUGUCCGUGGGCCAAGGCCGUGCUCAUGGAGGCGUUCCGGACGCUCGCGGCGGAGAUGCCGGAGGAGGAGCUGCGGUCGGUGUACGGCAUGAUGACGGCGAAGGGCCUGCGGGUGCACGUCGAGCUCGACGAGGUCCUGAAGAGUCGGGUUGGUGAGGGCAAGUGGUAG